AGCGACUCCCGGAAGUGACGUAUGACAAUAAAAGGGCUUGCACACAGUGACGAUAUUAGAAGUCAUUUUAUUCACAGUUAUCUUAUUGAUCGGUUUCGUUCGGCACAUGUGUGUUGUCUGUCACGCAGUGUGAGGUAACUAUGGGUAAGGGUUGUAAGGUUGUGGUUUGUGGUAUGGCAGCUGUGGGGAAAACAGCCAUACUGGAGCAGUUACUGUUCGGCAAUCACACUGUAGGUGCAGAAAACAGUGACACUCAGGAGGAUAUAUACCUUGCCUCUGUUGAGACGGAUCGUGGCGUUAGGGAGCAAUUACGCCUUUACGACACAAGAGGACUUCGUGAUGGUCUGGAUUUCCCUAAACACUUCUUCUCUGUGGCUGACGGUUUUGUGCUGGUCUACAGUGUGGACAGUCUGGAGUCUUUCAAGAAAGCCGAGCUCUUGAAAAAGGAGAUAGACAAGUCAAGAGACAAAAAAGAUGUGAUGGUGAUCGUUUUGGGAAAUAAGUGUGACUUGCGUGAGCGCCGUCAGGUGGAUCAGGAGGCGGCGCAGCAGUGGGCGCGUGGGGAAAAGGUCAAACUGUGGGAGGUGAGCGUGACGGACAGAAGCUCUUUAAUCGAACCCUUCACCAGCCUCACAAGUCGCCUGACGCAGCCGCAGAGCAAAUCUGCCUUCCCUCUGCCCGGACGCAAGAGCAAGGGCACCCCCUCUAAUGACAUCUGAACACACCAUACUACAACCAUUUCAGCACUAUAUAUGCACUUCUUUAGAGUAAGUUUAAGGGCUUCUAGAGGAAGAGGUUAGUUAGGAGUAGCACUAUUUUUACUCAAUAAUGCACUAAUAAGAUGUGAAAGUGAAAAACACAAAACAUACAGAAAUGCAGUGUCCUCACAGAGGGGGUUAGACUACAGUAUUGCUGUGUUAGAUGGCUUGACUUACUCUAGUAAAUAAAUCUCAGAAAUUGCUGUGUGUGUGUGUGUGUGUGUGUGCGCGUGAGACAUUUUGUUUUGGUUGUUAUCAGUCUGCCUGGUUGAAAGAAUCUCACAAAAAAAUGUUCAGGUCACAUUUCACCCCAAAAUCAAAAGAGAAAAAAGUAAGAGAGUAAUUUCAAUUAGAAAAUGAAGCCUAUUUAUACAACCAUUAAGAUUUUUUUUUUCUCAUUACUGUAAGGCGUCCGGAUGUUUUACUUUAAAGUUUGUAAUUUGUAUUAUUCUCAAUGGUGAUUCACAUUAGAUUCUCAUCAUUGAAAUACAUACUUUAAAUAUACUGUAAAAACAAUUCACUAUUUAAAUCUUUUUUUUUUUUUUUGUGAUGAGAAUUCAGAACUUCUCGAAGAUUAAAUAUACACAUUGCUUGUGAUAUUAUAUAAUACAUAUAUUACAUAAACCAACAAAAUAUAAAACAUAAUAUAUCAUUAUUUAGUACAUUUAAGAAAAUUGAGAAAAGCACAAUAAAAUAAAAGUGGGGGGAUCUUAUUUCCAAUUUGUCACCAUAAUGUCACAAUGCAAAAAUCUAAAUGGUCCUUAAAAUCCUUUAAUUUAUUUGUGCAAAACAUAAUGUCUUAUUUUGUUCUUUGUAUUUUGGUAUGAAAUAUGAACUAGACCUAUUAUAGCAUUAAAAGAUUUAGCAAGAUUAACCUAGUUGUAUUUAAACAAAAAUUGUACUGCACCAUUAAAAUGAACAGUUAUUCAUCAGGAUUGCUUUAGUACUUCCAUAACACUACAGAACGUCAAGCUUUUACAGGCAAGAGCUGCUAUGAAGUGCUUUAAAAGUUUCAGUGCAUAAAAGUAUGAUAAAGCAGUAUGUUGUGUAUGGUAAUGACUUCCAGCAUUAUUUCCAAGAUUAACAGUAGUGCUAGAUCUGUUUUGUGCAUUUCAGCCAAAGCAUUAUAAACCCAGUACCAUAUAUCUGAUAAUCAUGUAGUCGAGAUGUAGACCUGUAGUUUGUGUUGGCUAUAUUUUAAAUGGCUGAACUUGUGUACUAAUAAUAUAUAAUUUUCCAUGUAAGUUACUUUUGUUGCCGUAGUGAGUAGGACACAUAACAGCAGGUAUUAUCAAGAGAUAAGUAUGCAAUCCCUGGCUUACUAGCAGAUGUGUUCUUAUUUAUGCAGAAGAUCUUGAGGCAAACACAGUUUGUGUCUUAUGCACUAAAUGAUAAACCAAAUAAAUGUUUAUUCACGGGUU